AUGGCGGUUUGGAGAUGUAUGAUAUGUUUCGUCUUUGUUGCUUUAACUCUGAAGGUCCUCCUUAGCCACAUAAAUGCAGUUCAUGGUCGAAGUCAGGAUUUUUGGGUUUAUUGUGGAAUAGAUGGAUGUGAACAGGAUUUCAGAGUUUUUAACUCGUUCUUUCGCCACAUUAAACGGACGCACCCUCUGUAUUUGACAAAUGGAUGCCCAUCAAGAGGAUGGAGGACGACAUCUACAUCACGCUCUUUAGGCUCGGAAGUUUUUGGUGUUUCGGUCUUUGCCAACUGUAGCACUCCUGCAACAACCAGCACUGUGGAAAUAUUGACUGGUGCAUCUUUGCCUGAAACGCAGCAGCCUCAGCUUACUGGCAGUCCUGUCACCGAAGAAGCUGUUGCUGUAACAUCCACAACCAGACCUGAUAUUGCCAGAUCUGCGGCGGCUUUUGCCAUCAGUGUCAAGGAACAGUGCCACUUGUCACAGAGAAUGGUCAACCAUAUAAUCUCAGGAGUGCAACAAUAUCAAGUUGUUCUUCUGGAUACGGUGAAGGAGAGAAUGAGAAAGGUGUUUGAAGAGCAUCCUGACCUCACCACUCACUUUCAAGAUGAUGUUUUGGCUACAUUUGAUACGUUCGUGGAUCCUUUCUCCACCAUUGCAUAUGGACAACAUACGGCCACUCGGGAAGUAGUCAACCCAGAGGAAGUAGUAGUAUCCCAGAAGAUUUGCUGGGUAAAGCAAGGUCUUUCAAGGGUCAUGUCCAUAAGGAAUAAAAGUUUUUACUAUGUACCUCUAAUUGAAAGUCUAAAGCAAUUAUUGACUAAUGUGAGAAUCUUCACCAUGUUGAAUACUGCACCACAGAGAAACAGAGAGGGAUACUUUUACAAUUUUACUGAUGGGUCCCUCUUUACAUCUCACCCAUUAUUUUCUCAAAGGCCUAAUGCAUUGCAAAUAAUACUGUACACGGAUGAAAUUGAAAUUUGUAACCCCUUAGGGUCCCAUGCUUCUGCAAAUAAAUUGGUCAUGUUUUAUUAUACUUUGGGUAAUAUUGAUCCUAAAUUUAGAUCAAAGUUGGCUGCAGUACGACUUCUUGCUAUUGCUAAAGCAAAUGACAUUUCUCAGUGGGGUGUUGAUGUUGUACUGAAAAGAAUUCUUCAAGAUUUAACAUUGCUUUACAAUGGUGUAAGGAUUGAAACAUCAGCUGGUGAAACUGAGUUGUUUGGUGCUGUGAUAGCUGUAUGUGGAGACACACUUGCCCAACAUGAGGUUGCUGGCUUUAAAGUAGGAGUUGGUUUUGCUCAUAGCAAAUGUAGACACUGUGAAUGCACAUUUGAAGAUAUGCAAUGUAUUUUUGAGGAGGGGAGUUUUGUGGAAAAAACUUUGGCAAAACACAUUAGGCAGUGUCUUGAAAUAGAUAAAGCAAGCACAGAAUAUUUGAAAGCAGCACUCAAAACUACUUAUGGAAUUAAUAGAAGAAGCAGACUAGUUGAUUUUCCUGCAUUUGACCUGAUCAAACAAACUCCACAGGACAUAAUGCAUGUUAUUUUUGAAGGUGUUGCACCAAUGGAAGUUAAGUUUGUAUUAAAACACCUUAUUCUAUUAGGACAGAUAGAAUUAGAUGAGUUUAAUUCAGCCAUUCAAAAUUUUCCUUACUCACCUCUCGAAAUACGGGAUAAACCAUGUCCUAUUAGUGUCGCCACCCUAGCAGCUAACGACAACAAAUUAAAACAGUCUUGUGGGCAGAUGUUAAUUCUUUUAAAAAUACUACCAUUUCUUUUAAAUGCAGUGGACAAUGAGUAUGUUAAAUUUAUUCUUAAGUUAAUUGAGAUAGUUCAGAUAGUUCUUGCUCCCAUUAUUUCUUUUGAAACUGUAUUGAAACUCCGACGUAUGGUUGAACAACAUCUGCAUCAGUUCAAACAACUUUUCCCUGAAGCCAAUGUAAUACCCAAGCAACAUUAUAUGUUACAUCUUCCUAGUCAAAUUAUAUCCCUUGGUCCUUUAAUAAGGAGUAUGUGCAUUCGCUUUGAGGCAAAGCACCGCUAUUUUAAGCAGUGGGCUUCCAAGUUAAAUUUUAAGAAUGUUUGUAAAUCACUAGCAAACCACAAUCAGUUACUUGAAUGGUGUCAGAAUGAAAUAGCUACUGAACAUCCAAUUUUUGCAAAUGAAACUGAAUCAGGGCCUGUAUCAGCUGUUACAAAUACUGAAUAUGUUAAGAAAAAAGUCAAAGAAUUUUUGGGAAUAGAGUUCACGCAAUCCAUUGUGUCAGUGAAAUGGUAUGUUCUUAAUGGCAAUAAGUACAUUAGUGGGAAGUCCUUGAUUAUUAUAGAUGUGGAUGGCACUUUCCCAGUGUUUGGACUGAUAAAGGAUAUCUUUUUGAUAAAUUCCUCUUUCAUUGCUUUUGAGUUCCAGCGCUAUGAAACUUUACAUUUAAAUCAAGACUUUUUGGCAUAUGAAGUAGCUGUGCCCAUUCUUGCCCAAGCUACAGAAUUAGUACAUGAGCUCAUUGAUUAUACUUCAUACUUUUCUAUUAGUUUCAAGGAAAGUGUGUUUGUGCCCAUAAAAUACAGUCUUUGUGAUAUUAUUGCCCAGAGAAAUCAUAUUAGGGAUGCACCCUAAUCUAGCUUACAUCAGCUCUGGUGACAAACAUUAGCCAUCAAAUUUUCCAUAAACAAAUAUUCUGUUUCUGUUGUGCCACAAUAAUGCUGGCAUGCUACAUUUAACAACUGUCAAAUGAUAUGAGUUGUGGUUCACAAAUGUUUUAUCUUUCAUAUUGUGUGGACAAAUUUGA